AUGGCCGUGCAAACUGGCUGGCGGCGAUGGGUGAUGGCUGCUUGCUGGACCACGGCGCCCGUCGAUGGAGGCGUUGGAGGGGUGGGAGGUGUGCACGGGCUCGGCGGAUCUUGGGCGAUGAGGGACUUUUUGGGUGCAGCAGGGCGGGAACGAAGAAGCAAAACCGACGAAGAUCUGGGGAAGAAUUUGAAGCUAAACUCGAUGCGCGUGGAUAGAGCAGAAAGUUACUGUAGCUGGGCGCCCAUGGUUCGCGCUCUGGGGAAGCGCCGGCUGGACCUGCUGCGAGCCCUGGAGCAAGGGCAGCAUCAUCAUGCAGAAGAGAGUCUCUUAUCGCGGCUGUGGAAUAAUCGGGGAUCCGUGCGGCGCCGGCAGAACCAUUGCACGCCGUCCGCAUCAGGCCAUGGCCGCUGGGACGUCACCGUCACGACGGCGGACACACCUGGGCAAUACAGUAGCGUUCGUCCAGCAGCGCCUAAGCAAUCAAUCGCUCGGCUGGUGCGCGAAGCAAUCACACGAGACGGCCGCACCCACCCACCACCGCGCCUGCGGUCAUGCUGUUGCUGCAGCGAAGAAAUCGUCGUCCCGCUCAGCUCGAUGCAGGAGCAUGCGCUGCUCGCACCACCCUCUCCGCCGACGCCACACGGCGGCCAGCGCAAACUUGUUGAGUUCGUUGACGAGCCCUGUGGGAAGGCGCAGGACGGCGGCGGCGCGCGCGCGGCCAAUGACGAGCGCGCCCGGACCCACCGCGGCCGCGCGCUAGCCGCAUCCGGCAUGGCCGAUGCUGUGCAACUCAGGCGAUGGCGUCGCGGAGAUAGUGCGCUCGGGCCCCCGUUCGCCUGCACGGACAGACAGAGGCAGAUCCCCAAGCACCUCUCCGAAUGA